UUCAUCUCGCGAUUCAAAAAAUGUGCAUCAGAAGAAGAAGAUGCAUCAUGGCGGGCUGCACGAAAUUGUUUGCUGUCGAAGUCGACAGACUAAUAGUUUUAUUUUGGUUAUUUUUCCUUCUGCAUUCAUCUAUAGCAUCAGGUGUUCAAAUAAUCGAUCUGAAAGACAGCCGAGAGGUGACGACACGUGAAGCACAACACUUUUGCUACCAUAAUCACGUUAUGCCAGGAUGGAGAGAGACCUGGACAAGAAUUCAGGUGCGAGUCUGGAGCUCUAAAGAUCUGAAGGUGACUGUAGUUAAUGAUGAGCAGGAGCUGCAGGAGCUGGAACACUUCAGCAUAUGGACCUUUAUGCAGUACUUCAUACGAGAGAAGACUAAUGAAACAUUUGUCAACAUCAACCUUUUUUCGCCUAAGACAUGUUUCAGAGUUGACCCUUCCAACUCACAAACAUUGUACACUGUUAAAUCUAUCCGAAAAUUUGACAUCUACCUAUUCAUAGUCUUUCUUGUUGGGGUUCUGCUGUUUUUCUUUGCCGACAUUCUGAGCAGGAGUCAGAUGUUCUAUUACUCUGCGGGUAUGAGCACAGGAAUGAUUGCCUCCCUCCUCAUCCUCAUCUUCAUCGUAGCCCGUUUUUUACCUAAGAAAAGUCCAUUCUACGUGUUGAUAGUAGGAGGCUGGUCUUUCUCACUGUACAUCAUUCAGCUAGUUGGAAGGAAUCUUCAGCUCAUCCUGAAAGAACACUGGACCUUGGCCAUUGGUUACACAGCUGUGGUGGGCUUCAUCAGUUUUGCUGUGUGUUACCGCCAUGGCCCUUUAGUGGACCAACGUAGUAUCAACAUCCUGUCCUGGACACUGCAGAUUUUUGGACUACUACUGAUCUACGCUGGCAUCCAGGUGCAGCAGGUGGCGUUGGCCAUCAUGGUGGCAGCCUUCUGUGCCAAGAACCUGGAGUAUCCCAUCAACCUUGCCUUCACUAUUUUCCAAAAGCUGAGCUGGAGAAAACGGAAGCCGGAGCCUCGGCGGCUGCUUACAGAGGAGGAGUAUCAGAAACAAGGAGAGAUCGAGACAAGUCGUGCCCUAGAUGAGCUUCGCAAGUUCUGCAGCAGUCCUGAAUCCAACCCCUGGAAGACUGUCUCCAGACUGCAAUCACCCCAGAGAGUAGCUGAUUUUGUAGAGGGAUCCUCACAUUUGUUGCCCAAUGAGGUUCAAGUCUAUGCACAUGAGUAUGGCUCUUUCCUGGAGGAUGAGCUGUUUGCCACAUCUGAAGAAGAGGAGGAGGAGGAGGAAGAUGAUGAUGAGGUUGAGAGAGAAUGGAAGAGAGACGUUAAAAGCACUCGAUUAUCUGACACACAUAAUAAGUUUCACUGACUCGAGGAAAGUUGAGAUGAGUGUCUGUUUGUUGUGUGUGUGUGUGUGUGUGUCUGAGAGAGAGAUGAGAGACUGAACGUUGAGUUCAUAAAACAUAAUUUGCUGCCUAUGGUAUGAUUGAGAAUAGAGGAGAAACUGUGUGUGUGUGUGUGUGUGUGUGUGUGUGUGUGUGUGUGUGUGUGUGUAAAUGCUCAUAUAUUUUUUUUCUGUACAGUUUUCGUCAAUGUUGUCACCCAACACAAUUGUAAGGGUAGAAUAAAGGCAGAUUUUUGAGGUUUUCCUCUGCGUAAUGACUGAUCUGCCACACUGCAAAUAAGUCUGCAAGAUUGAACCAUUAGUUUUCACAAUGAACAUUUUAAAGAUUUUGUAUUUAAGCAACUUACAAUAUGUGAUGCUCUGUCAUAUACUGAGGUCAUAAACAUGCAUGGUAAUGCCAUUGGGUUUUCAUUUAAUUGCAGUGUGAUGGAAGAAAUAAAAUAAACUCUUUUGAAUUGCCUGCA